AUGUCAGGUUUUGGUAAUGAGUUUGCCUCCGAAGCUCUUCCGGAUGCGCUUCCAAAAAGACAGGCAAGUACCUAACUGACCUCAGUUCUCCGUCGAUGACCAUGCGCUAAUGUGCAAUCGUCAUCAGUUGAAUUUAUUUUACAGUCAAUUUCUGGUUAUUUUGCGAAGUAAAAUAUAAUCAAUUUUGGGUGAUAAGUUCUUAGAGAGGUAACAAAGCCCUUCAGUGAAGGACAGGUAGAGGUUCUCGUAUCAAUUUUGGAAACACCUGAAUAGUUCUAACAGAGUUCAGUACGUCCGUUUAUCUCAUGGCCAAAAACAAUAGCUGUUAUAUAAGAAUAAAACUCUUCUUUUCUUCUUCAUCAAAGCUUCAGUCGUGAAGGUUGUCUUAAUUUUUUUUUCGACAAAGAACUGCAUGUAUAUAAUAAUCAUGGGUUUAAAAGGAAGUCUGGCCUCGUAUUGUUUAGAAGAGUGAAAAAUUAUCACGCUUAGACACAGGAAUGUGUUGAUUAUUAAAGCUGGUCCAGGGAAAAAUUGUUCUUGGAAGUAAUGGCUGGGUACGGAAUCGUAUGAUCUUUAAUUUAUUCGAUCUAUGAAAAAAAUAAUACAUGUUUCAUUAGAAAUCUAAUCUUGAAAUUGCAUGCGAGAAAAAUGAAAUUACAAUUCUUAAAAUCCAACUGGUCACAAAACAAAUUACUUACUUCUGUGGCUCUAUCUAAUUAAAACUAUUCCAAUAUUUAUAUAACACAGGUCAGCUAAACGGGUCAGCAGAUCAAGCAGAAAAACACUAGUUUCAGAACACUUUUAUGAGUGUCAUUCCUUUUAACUGAAGAUCAACUUACAUAACGAUUAGGCUAUCAAUAUGCCUAUCAUGUGGUUAAUUAUUAAAUAAAAUGUUAAUCAAAUUAAGUGUCAAUUAAUUAAAUAAAUGCUAUUUUGAAUAAGGAAACCUAUUCCCAUGAAAUAGUAAAACCAUGACUUUGAUUUGCUGUCUAUUUUUAGAAUGCUCCUCAAAAAUGCCCAUAUGGUUUAUAUGCUGAGCAACUCUCUGGUACGGCUUUCACUGCCACAAGAGAAUAUAACUGCAGAAGGUACAUCAUGCAUCAAAUAAUUCCCUAUUCAGACAAUGAAAUAAUUCAUUCUUCUCUUGAUGGUAUAUAUAUAUACAAUGAUAUUUGGUUAAAAUUAAUGUAAUGCUGAUAUUAUGGGGAUCAUUCAGUAUUAGGUUUGAAUCAGUCUCUAGUGAGCUAAAUAUGACUAAGCUAAAUUAUAUUCUAUUGAAUUAGUGUAAGAAUUUGGAAAGAUUUCUGUGUCACUCCAGUCUGCCAGUAUUCUCAAAGAAACAGAAGGCAGUAAGACUUAAGAUCAAGAACACUUUUUUACACAGCUACUGUAGCAGCAUCUGCAAUAGCAAGCAAACUUUGUGUUUUGGUACAUUUACAUGUCAUUAUCUCCAGCAUGAGUCAUUCUUAAUACCAACUUUUAAACAAUCUUGAAAAUAUUCACAAGCAUUGGCAGUUUCUACGUUUGACAUUGAUUUCAGAUUCUUUUUAAUCAUUUCAGCUGGUUAUACCGCAUCAGACCAUCAGCUGUCCAUAUGCCUUUUGAAAAGACAACUCAAGGAGACCUGACACAUUUCUGGGAUGAGUGUGACCCCAAUCCAAAUCAGGUUGGUAUUCAGAAUUAAUUUUAUUUAUGGGCAUGCUGAGUUUGGAAAAUUGUUACUGGCUAAACACAUAUUGGUUUCAAGAAAAUUAGCUAAAAAGAAACAUUUUUUGAAGAUUAUUUUUAAUUGGUCAAAUUGCUCAGCCUGAUCGAGCAUCAAGUAGCAAAACUGCCAGUUUUAUUUGGACAAUGAACUAAUAUCAGUAAUCACCUGCUUUACUCAUAGAUUAUCCCAUUUUCCUUACCGUGAAGUCUACUUCCUCUGUGGAUGGGACACUAAUUCCUUACUAGGUUAACCCACUCAACAUUUCCCUGCCCUGUGGAUGGGACACCUGUCCAUAUCAAGGUUAAUCCACCAAGCAUUUCAUCAGUCUUCCCUGAAAAAUUGUUGGUACCCAUUCAUACCCCUGGGUGGUGUGAGCCACUGUUUGAGUUCAGUGUUUUGUGUGAAAACAUAACACAUUGACCUAACCAGGUCAUGAACCUAGGCCUCUCCUCCUGGAGUGCAGCCUAUUUACCAUUUAAGAGUAUAAUGAACAACUUGAAACAAUCUGCAAAACUACAACUGACAAAACUUUUUAUACUCUGGUCUUUCUCUUUGCCUCAGUUGCGAUGGAAACCAUUUGAUAUCCCUCCUGAAGGAAGCAACAUUGACUUCACCCAAGUAUGUGAAUUAUGGCAUUUAUUAUCAUUUAUUCAUCAAUUAAUGCACAAUGAAUUGAGGGCAGACUGUAUAUAAGAAUACGCUGGAAAAAGAGCAAAGUGAUAAAGUGGCCAUUAUAAAUUAAUGUACAUGGCAAAAAAGCAAGAAGGAAAACAAAAACUAGUUUUGAGUUAAAAUCUAAGAACACUUUUGAAUUCUCGAAAGUGAAAGUACUAUUUGUAUAGGUAAUCACAUGAUUUUUCUUGUGUAAUUUGGAAUAAAUAAGCACGAGUAAAUUUUUUCAAAGACUAGCAAAAUUGCAUUUGUGGUCUUUGAAAAAAUUAACAAGUGCUUAUUUAUUCCAAAUUGCACAAGAAAAAUCAUGUGAUUACGUGUUAAUAAUAUACAUGGAAGUUUAAUUAAACAUAAGCAAAAUGCGCGCAUCAAGUGCAAAAAAUAAUUUAUUCAAACCAUGCGUUCGGUCAAAACAACUGCGUACGAUCAAAACAAUAAUAUGCAAUGAUAUCUUCACAUCUUUAAGGUGCAAAAAAGUUCAAAGUCCGGCUAAACAGUUCAAGGAAUUGUUCAGUAUGUGUCUGAAUCCCUUUUGAUGAAAUGGAAUCGUCGUUUCUGAGGUUUAACCAUGUUUGUUUUUAAUUUCGGCAUUGAAUCGCUCGAGCAAAGUGUUAAGCUGGGUCAGCUUGUAAUUUUCGAUUUCCUCGGCAAUUCCCUUCUCUAAACACCACUUUUUCCAAACCGACAACCAAAAAGCAGUGCUUUUUACAGUGUUUUCGUUGUUUAAGCUGUUUUUCAGCUGUGGUGGUGAAAAGGAAACCUACUUAAAACGCCGGCCAUUGUUUCCCUCACAAAUGUUCAAAUUUUCAAAUUUUGUUGCGACAUCCAAGGCUCAUAUUUGAUUGGCUUUCUGUGAGUUUCUUUGAUUAUUGACCAAUCAGAAUGUCUGAUUUUUUUCUUUCUUUGCACUGAAUUAACCCUCUUCUGCACUGAAUUAACUCUCUUCUGCACUGAAUUACCUGAAAACUGCAUUUAUCUUAACCAAUCAGAACUGAGUAAUUUUUCCAUGUAUAUUAUUAGAAGAAAAAAAAAAACAUAUAUAAGGCAGUGUAUUUUCAUAAAAUAUUAGAAGCAAAUAUUUUGUUUGCAAUGAUGGAAACUGGACAUUUCCCUGUAGCUUUUCAAUGUUUUUUAUUGGUGAUUGAUGAAAUUAAAUAUGAUUCAGAUUAAUGUGGUGCCCAAGUUAUUGUUCAGAAGUCUGUUAGUAUUUCCUUUUACAAUCAUGUAUCUUUGAAUUGUUUUUGCAACAUCUACUAGUGACCAGUAAUAUAUUGAUAGUGGUCUUAAGGUGAUUCCUCAGCAAAAAAGUUGUUGAAUAAUUUUUCGUUGAACUUUCCAUGAAAGUUCCCUGCUAAUGUCUGUUUUAAAAGCUACAAGAAAAAAGGUAGGUCACCAAGAUUGCUGCCUGUUCUGAUACCAAUGUCAUGCAUCAUUUCAUCAUUUUACAGUACAUUUUGUGGUAGCUGCAAGCAAAGGGGUUUUUAAGUAAAACUUGAAAAAAUAGUUGAUCGAUAAAAGUCUUGAGUGUAUGGAAUAAUGUAAUGUAUAAGUUAAAUGACAUGGAAAGGGCUUCAUGCAUGCUUUUAGUUGUAUCUUUUUGCCCUCUGAUAAUUUUUUUUAUAUGUCUCCAAUUCAAAUGGAGACAAUUUGACUACACCAAAGUUGUUAGCUCCUUCAAGAGCAAAAGACCUAUAAGUACCUGUUUACUUUGUUUAUUGAUGGAGAAACAAUACCAUGAUUGUUCUUGAAUUACACACAUGCUUAUUUGUCUGAUUAUGUGAUUCUUAUUCACAGCAUGGAAUGUGCUCCAUACUACUAAGGAAUCACCUUUAACUAUUGGGAGGAGACUUGGGAGAAACUAUAUUGGAUUGAAUUUUAGUAUGCAUUGUUCUGGAAAUACACUGCCUUGUAUACAUUAAUUAAUUUCCACUUUUCUCUAACAUUCAGGGAGUACUUUUACACACCAAGUAUAAAUUUAAGAAUUUUAGUGUCUUUCUCUAACCGGAAAUUGUGUGAUUUCUUUUAAUUCUUAGGGUUUGCACACAGUCUGUGGGGCUGGGGAUCCUCGCACAAGGCAUGGUGUUGCAAUCCAUGUCUACAGUUGUGAUAUCUCUAUGAAAGACAAGUAAGAAACACAGAAUGCUUUUUGAUAUGUUUUUAUUUGAUUGUCAGUAAUUAUUGAUUUUUUUAAACUUUUUUUAAACUCUGGACUCUAUGUCUUUCAAAGGCGCCAUUUGGUUACCCAAAAUGGUAAAAUGUAUGCCACAAACAAAAUUUUGGCUGCCAGAGAAAAAAGGCACUUUCUGCUAAAUUACUUGACUAACCCCAGACUACAUGGCUUUUCUUUGGAGUAAGCAGUUUACAUUCAUUUGUGGAGAUUCAUACAACAUUUAAAGGCUUAAUACUUGCCCAACUAAGGAGAAAGAGGCAAAGUUUUAUAGAAGAAUAUUUUAUGAGGAUGUUUAUCUCAACUUGCUUCAUGAACCCCAAACACAGUGACUUGGGCUGCCAAUUCAGUCUAAUCCUGUGAUCCCUAAGGGUGUCAAGCAUCUAAUUUCUCCUUACAAUAUCAUCCCUGAAUCCCAAAUUUAGGAUCUCACAAGAAUAAAGGAAAUGAUCAUCCACCAAAGGAGCUCUAAAGAAACUCCUUGUCAACACCUUAGGAAAUGUAUAGAGAACAGUAUGGAGAAUAUGCAUACUGAUGUUAGAGUGUAAAGGGUUGAAGAAGUCUAUCAUAAAUAAUUUUUCAUUAAUUUAUUUCAGGUGUUUCUAUAACUCUGAUGGGGAUUUCCUCAUAGGUGAAUAUUUCUUUCGCUAUUUGGAUAGCUCUUGCUGAUGCAGGUGGUGCUUUUCUGAAAGUCAUAUCCUUCUGACGCCCAAUGAUUUUUAUGUAUCUUAUCUAAACCCAUAAGAUCCCAUCAUCCCAUCUACCCCUACUUCCAUCUACAACACAUAUCAUAUCAUGCCAUACUGCAUUAUCUUAUCCCAGUCCAUCUCAUCCAGACCCAUCCUGUCCAGUCCCCCUCUUCUCAUUCCAUAUGACAGCGGCCUGUUCCAUUCCAUCAGCAAAUCCAUCUCAUGCAUUUCAUCUAAUCCCAUUUUAGUUGCAUUUUGUUAAAAGCUUUGUAUUGCUAUAAUUAUUGCAAAGAUAGCCCUGUAGAACGAGAGUGAAUGAGAUCACUUUUAUCUUUUGGUACCCCUCAGUUUACAGUAUCAUUUAUCUCAAUACUGACUGUCUGAUUGCUCUGAAUGGUUACUGUUCAGUUCACAUCUCUAUUUAUUGCAGUUCCCCAACAGGGAACCUUAAUGAUCACUACAGAAUUUGGCAAAAUGGAAGUGAAACCAAAUGAAAUUUGUAUCAUCCAGGUAACUGCACUUUCGCCCUCUUCCAUUCUCCUUUUUUUUUUCUCUCUGUGGGAUUCAGCCCCUUCAGUCCUGGGAGCUGUGAUUGUUGUCAGUUUAUACAAAUGAAUUAUAACAAAAUAAUAUAUUGAUUAUAAAUCAGUGAUGUGAAAAUUGCUUGUUAACAGAAGAAAUUGUCACCCAAGUUACAUUAUUUUGAUACAGCACUAUUUGAAAUUGACAAGCACUGAGCCUACAAUAAAGUGUACUGUCUUUGUAAAUGGGAAUCUAAUAGCUUUCAGACUGCUGCAGUAAGAGAUGUGCUAUGUUUUUUUCAAGGUUCAGUACUUAAACUCAAUCAAUAGGAACUGUGUCUUUUAUGUUUUUAGGACUGUUAUUGAAUCUUCAGUUUGAACCACAAUGAAUUACUGAAUAACAUGUAUUGGAAUAAUUAUGAUCUGUCAUUUAUUUUACAGCAAGGAAUAAGAUAUUCGGUGGAGAUCACUGAACCAUCAAGGGGAUAUAUUCUUGAGGUGUUCGAUGCCCACUUUGUGUUGCCAAAUUUGGGACCAAUAGGUAAAUGUAAUUAUGCAGCUUUAUUAACAGUUAUUUACCAAUGUGGAGGUGAAUAGUGGUGGAUAUUUACCAAGCUGCAAGGCAGCAAGGUAAAUGUUCACCACUUUCACCUACACAGAUGCCAAAAACUUAGUUUAUUUCUUUCAUUUAAUUUCUGGUAGUGUGAUGAUGCCAUAGAGUUAAUGGACUUAACCUUUUAACUACCAAGAGUGACCAAGACAGGAUUUCUCCUUACAAUACAUUAUCAAGCAGACAAGUGACAAUAUCAAUUAGGAGAUUAUUAGAUGAUCCAAUACAAAAUUCUCCCAACUAACAUCAUAAGGAUUGUGCAGCAGAUAGUAAGGAGAAUUACUUAUGAGAUUUUGAGAGUGAAAUGGUUGACAGCAUGUUUUACUGAUGGAAUAAUAACUGAUAUUUAUUCCACCUUUGCAAAGAUAAAAACAAUCAUAAGUAGUGAAGUUAUUCUGACUAAAUUAUUGUCUGCUUGUCAGGUGCAAAUGGACUGGCAAACCCUCGGGACUUCUUGACACCAGUAGCAUGGUAUGAAGACAGAGAUGUGGAGUCUGGUUUCUCUGUGAUCAGCAAAUACCAAGGAAAGCUAUUUAAAGCUGUUCAGGUAUGAGCUCUCUGUAUCUAAAACAGCCAAUCGUUAAGUUUCCUGUAGUACUGUAGUUUCAUUUAAAUUGUGCUUGCGAGGAGGGAAAUAUAACUCUAUUUAUGGGAUAAAAAGGAGAAUAAAACAAAUUUAAGCUUAGUUUUAAAAUGAAGUAGGUUGUAUUUACUCAGUUGUCACUGCAGGGGACAUUGUCACUUGAUGAAACUUGAACCAAAGAAAUACUGCAAAAUUUAUCAUCCAUAUCAUUUUAUUAUCCUGCAAUGGACCAGAGAGAACACGCAAAAGCAAGAAAACAUAAAAAAACAACUCAUUUUCUAAGGGUCAUUUAUCACCACUGUUCCCUGUGACUAAGGGCUAAUGCUUGAAACAUCAGCUUUAAAAACUCUUUACGGUGGCCAAUUUACAUUUAGUUAUCGACUCAGUUGAGGAAACCAAAUUACCUUAAAAGAUGUGCUGACAAUUGAACUAGGUCUCUAUCUUUCCAAAGCUCCUCAGCUAUACCUCUUUAGUGUCUUACCUUAAUUUGUUAAGAGAAUGAUAAAAACUAAGGCAAGACAGAGUUCUAGUACCCUUUGACAAGUUAUGUGCUACUAGAGGAAUUUCUGGAGUAAGAAUAACAUACCAUCAGUGAGAUGAUUUGGGAAAUCUUAUUUUCUAGAUAUUAAUUGUUUGUGAAAUUGUUUCAGGAUCACUCAGCAUUUGAUGUUGUUGCUUGGCAUGGCAAUUAUGCUCCAUACAAAUAUGACCUCAACUGUUUUAACGUUGUCAACACAGUCUCCUUCGACCACAUUGUAAGUAUAAUCUCAAUUCUGCAUGAAAUGUCACUCACCAUUUCAGCACUUACGCCAUGUGUAGUACUCUUAAAUUUGUUUUAUAUGCUGGAAUUUAUUAUCCAAUGUACUUUUGUUUCCAGGAUCCUUCUGUAUUCACUGUUCUCACUUGUCCCAGUUUAAGACCAGGAACUGCAAUCGCAGACUUCGUGAUAUUUCCACCAAGAUGGAGUGUUGCUGAAAACACAUUCAGACCUCCUUACUAUCACCGUAAGUGCGAUUUUACUGUGCUGGGGUCUCUCAAAGGUGUCAUAUUUUAAUAUUUGUUUAACCCUCUAACUCCUGAGAGCUAUUAGAGUGAGAGUUAUUAGAGUGAAAUUAGACGCUAAUCACUUAGAGUGAUUAGCGUCUAAUUUCUCCCAACAAUAUCACCCCUGAAUCAAACAUUAAGGUCAUGAGAAUAAAUGAAAUGAUCACCAACUAAAAGAAGCCCUUGAUUGGUAAACUAAUUCUCCUUGUCAGCACCUUAGCAAAUGUAUAGAGAGCAGUAUGGAGAAUAUGCAUACCUGUGUUAGGGUGUAAAGGGUUAACGUCAUCCUUGGUGGUAGAUGCUUGACGAGAACGUGCAUAACUCGAACGCCAAAGAGCAGGAAGGUGAUUUCUCGCUCGUGCCCGCCCCUUGCACGAGCUAUGCAAACUUCAUUGGUUUAAUGGAAAGUUUAGGAAGAAAGCUUUAAAAACGAGAAUUUGAAAACUUUAACAAGUUUCAAUAGAAAGCGCGAGUGUUAAUUCACAAAAAUGCUUUUACAUGGCAGGAUUUAACAAUAAACUUAUUAAGUAAUUGGGCUUUCAGGGGAGGGGAGAUAGGGCACAAAAAGAUUUGAAUCAUCGAUGGCGUUUAUUGCUAUCAGAGAAAAUGUUCAGAAAGCAGAAACUCUUUAACGCAUUUACGUUAUUAUCAAUGUUAACUGUUGUAUUUUAUUCCUUACCCAGGCAACUGCAUGAGUGAGUUUAUGGGCCUGAUAUUUGGUAAAUAUGAAGCUAAGGUACGUCAGGGAUUUCAAUCUUUGUUUGACAGCAGCAAGCUUUCUUUGGUUCCUUGUAAAAUUUAGAGAACCGUAUUUGGAACAAAAAUGGUUCUAACUCUGAAGGUGCUGGUUGUUUCAGUUCUCUUUUUGGGGUGUUGAAAUGAAAGGGUUUUAAGAGAGGGACAAUUACAAGCACCUCCUUCACCCUCUCACUGAAAAACUGGCUAAGUCAAAGGCUUCCAAAUCAGAACCUUUACCUUUAAAAAAACUAGGAAGAUUAGCAGUUGGUUAUUAUUUAGGAGGUCUGUAGAUUGAUAUUUUGUAUAGUAUAGUUUAGGUAGGUUCGCGCUAGUUAUAUUAGCAUAAGUAACGAAGUCAUUUUUAUCUUAUUUUUUAUUUUUAAUCCUUAUAUUUUUUGUUCUUAAACAGGACCCCUUUGAUAACAGUACUCUUGCACUGUAGGGCUAUCCUCUAUAAAUAUUCGUUUUAUUAUUAUAACUUCGAAAGAAUCGUUGCCAUUCAUAUUUAGAGCAGUUUUUCCAUUGAGUAGCCAAACUGAAAUCAAAAGUCAUCUCUCAUCAAAGAGCGGAAGAGAAUUACAGUAGACUCAUGUGAGCGGCAAGGAAUCAAAUCGCAAUUGGCUUGCGUUUGACGUCAUCCUGAUUAGCUUUAGAAUGUCUUUACAGUGGCUAUUUUACAUUAUCAACUCGGUUGAAAAAACCAAGUUACCUGACGCAGCACCACGGUUUGUUUAGAGACUUACUCCCUUAAUUUUUCACUUUCCAAGGGCAAUCAAAGAGCGAAGUUGAGCAAAACCAAUGUUGUGCCAAAUUACUCAAGACGUUAAAAUGAAAAUUACUCUUCGUGUAUCUUACCCAAGUUAGGAAAGACUGAAUUACAGAAUGCAAGGAGAAUGAAAUGAGUUCGUAUGUUUCACAAAAGAUACACAGGGUAAGGUUGUUCGCAGGUUGACAAAUACAAUAACCAUGCAGACGAUCUUAUGCUCUUCCAUUUCAGGAAGAAGGAUUUGCUCCAGGGGGUGCAAGUCUGCAUAGUAUGAUGACCCCCCAUGGACCUGAUAGAGAUUGUUUUGAGAAGGCGACUGAAGCAGACUUGAAACCUCAACGAGUCGCAGAUGGUACCAUGGUGUGUACACCAGAUAUGAUAACAACCUUUCAUUGCACUAAUAGACAUUAAUCAAUGCACUGAUAAGUUCUCUCACGAAUGCAACUAUUACCUAAAAACCUUCUUAAAGUUAAGUAAUAAGUGUCAAAGCAUUUGAAAAUACGAGUAAGUGUCAUAGUCAGGAGAGGGAUUGACUCUUUAAGUUAAGAAUGACUCUUUAAGUCAAGAAUGACUUAUGACUUGAUUGCUAGCAAGGGCGCUAGUGAUGGUAAAGCUACCACCUUCCCCGUUUCCCUUCUUGGGUAAGGGGGUGGUUGUGAUGUACUGAACUGUAGCUGAAAGUAGCUAAGUUCUCAGUUUCUUUUUUGUUGUUUGUUUGUUUGGUUUUUUUUUAUGUUUUGUUUUGUUUGUUUCUUUUUUUUUUUGUCGUACAAAUUACACUCAAGGCUAAAAGUAGUAAAGCAAGUACGACUGCCAACUAACACAACACAAGCCAGUGAACCAAUCACAACACAACCCAGUGAACCAAUCAAAACUCUUAUCAGGACAACUAACGUCCAUGAAGCGCAAGGAAAAUGCGUGCAAUAGGGCUUGUCUUGAUUAAGGUUUUGCAUUCGAUUGGUUGAAUAGAUGGUUGCGAACUCCAAUCAGAUUUCGUCACCCAACUCACCUUUUUAUUUCUCUUGCCAGGCGUUCAUGUUUGAAAGUAGCAUGAGCAUGGCGCUCACUAAAUGGGGAAAUGAAACUUGUCAGAAGGUGGAUCAUGAUUAUUACAAAGUGUGGCAGCCAUUACAAAAACACUUCGAUCCCAACUGGAAGCCAAGUGAUGACAGCAAAAAACACUGAUGGACAACAAGUUUUCUUAAUGUUGCACCGGGUUCUGACUGACUAAUUUAUGCACAUACAUUUAGACCCAGAGGAUAUUAACUGUCGAUAUUCUCUUGAUUUAGACUAUGCAUUCACAUUGGAAGUAAAAUGGCGAUAAGAAAUUAUUAGCAAAGAUGAUAAUUUCUCUCAGAGUGGUAUCGGUUCCUGGCCGACCCAUUUUUACAUAACCAUAGACUCGAUACAUUCACAGUGUCUUACUUUUGCACAUGGACAAGGGAACAGACUGACGACGUAUAAAUCGGGGUAAAGAAAACUGAACGAAUAGCUAUACAGAUAGAACUGUAGUCUUAAACUUAAAAAAUUUAGACUUUAAAAAAUAUAUUUAUAUUAUCAUAAUCAGUAGUUAAUAUCAUUUCACCGUGACAAAUGUACGGGCGACUUUUUCAAUUUUUUAAACCUUACGAUCCCUUUCGACGGAGCUAGAGUAAUAAGCGUGUCACAAGUAUCACGGAGUUUCCUUAGGUUGGGAAUUUAAUCUGGUCCACCAAACUAGAAUAAGAUAUGGGUAGAUUAUAGUAAUUUUAUAGUACUCUUGGGGUCGUAACAGCCACUUUGUCACUUUUGCGCGAAAGUACCCUCCUCCCCCCCACCCUGUGACACUGCCUUGCAGACUUUCAAGAUGAAGACUUUCCGAUGGAAAGGGAAACGCUGUGAAAAGUGGAAUGGACACCUGUAGCCAAAAAAACAGGUUUAAUGGUUGAGGUAGUUUAAUCUGCCGAUUGCUGGCGUGAUCUUGGGAGUAUUAAAACUGUUAAUCAAAAUUAUUGUGUAUUGCUACAUCUCAUCUCUCCGUGGAACAUCGAGAAUCAGAAGGGUCUCGUCUACAUUCCCCUUAAUUUUGAAGUUUUGCAUUAAAUACCGUUUUGUUGCUAUGAUUUCGUUACAUUAGGUAAAGGUGAUGAGGGUUUGCAUCGUAGAUUGCGACUAACAAAAUUACUUUCGACUUAAAGGCGACCGUGAUAUAAAAGCUUGAUAAGAAGUGAAAACACCAAAAUGGGAAAAAUAAAUUUAAAAAAAAUGACCUAUUGUGCAUUGUUUAGGUGGCGAAUAUUGGCACAGAUUGCAGUUAACGAACUGAAAAAUUUCGGCGAAAUUUUUCCUCGUGCGCAAACCAUGACGUAGC